AUGAGUGAUUGUAAAGGCUAUGCUACGCCUAUAGCUUCUGACACUAAAUUGUCCCGCAGGGAUAACUCUCCCUUUUCUGACCCGAGUCUCUAUCGAAUAGUUGUUGGUAGUCUUCAAUACAUCAUUGUGACUCGACUCGAGAUAGCCUAUGUGGUGAAUCAAGAUACUAGAGUGAUUGGUUAUACUAACAGCAACUGGGAAAGUGAUCCAGAUGACCGUAUGUCUACAAACAGCUACUGUGUGUUCUAUGGGGCUAAUUUAGUGGCGUGGUCCUCUAAGAAACAACAUGUUGUAUCUCGGUCUAGAACUGAGGCAGAGUAUCGGGAGAUUACUACACUAAUUCCUGAAACAACAUGGCUCAAGAAUAUCUUGAAUGAGCUACGAACACCUCUUCAAAGUCUUCCUCUUCUCUACUGUGACAAUCUUGGAGCCGUUCAGCUUGCUGCCAACCCAAUUUUUCAUUCAAAAUCCAAGCAUUUUGCUAUGAAUUUGAGUUUUGUUCGAGAUCAUGUAGUCAAAGGGGGCAUCAUCAGCAAACACGUUCCAAAAAAGUGUUCAAAUGGCAGACAUCUUUACAAAGAUCGUGUCCUCCAAAUUGUUCAAUAA